AUGUCGGAGCCUUCCAAGCCAGGCUCCUCAACGGAGUCCUCCAACGAUAUCGACAUGACCUCAUAUGCGAGCGAUACCGACAUGGCUUCGGAUGCGAGCGGCAACAAGACACCUCCCAUUGAGAAAGUUCCUCCCGAACUUCUCUCCUAUGCCCUCUCCUUCAUCCCCGACAGAGCCUCUAUCCGUGCUGCCAUGCUCUCCGGCCCGAAGCUUUACAACGCUUUCAAGCAACGUCCCGCCUACAUUACAUCAUGCGUCCUCUUCAACUCCAUGGAGGAACCUGUUUACCGGGAAGCCGUCGUGACCUUCAACAUGAAAAUGGCAGAAUGGAAGGGCCUCAAAGCUGGCAUUAAGGCUAUCAAUCGUGUCUAUUCCAGUGAACAGCAGCGCAUCUACAGCCAGUUCCUCACACUCGACCGAGUCAAGAAGAUGUGGCGCCUUCAUAAAGCUGUUGAAUACUUCGCAAAACGUCUUCCUUCGUCCCUGAUUAAAAAGCAUCCAGUCGUCAAGUACAGAGGUGCAUUCUCUAUCAACACUAAUGUUCGGGUGCGCUUUCAGCGUGCGCUAUAUCGCUUGCAUGCGUGUUUGAACAUCAUGAAGCUCAUGAUUGCCUCGCAUCUACAUGACAAUAAUGGGAUGAACAGACCCCCGACCGACGAGGAGCAUAAGGAGGCUCACUGGGUUCAUUGCCUGAAGGAUUUGGAGGAACAUCGUAUUCUCAAGGCUUUUCACAGCCAGUACUCUGCUGUGGAGAUUGAGCAGCUGACUAGCAUCUGCGGCAUCUUGGUUACUGAAAUCGCACCUUCUUUCAAUACCUUUCUCGAACGAGAUAUCGAAUUGGGUACCCAGCUGCCAUACUACAUCAGCCAUGCCCUUUGCCCUGGGUCAAUGAGUCUCAUUGCCCAAGGCCUCCCCUUUCUGAAAGACUUUCUCACUGCUGGGUCACGAAUCGAAAGAGCGAGAGUUAUGCGAAGUAUCAAUCCACCCAUUGACUGGAACCCUCAUCUCCCCACCAGACCUCCUUUCCCCGGUAACGACGAGCAUCUCACCUGUGUUGUCCACGAUUACGAGGGGGCUCCGGGCAAAUGGGCACGGAUGGACACUCCAGACUUCAUGAUGCGUACUCCUUUCAUCAAAGAUCCCGACCCCGGGCCAGAGAACGCGUGGCAUAUCCUAAGUCGCUAUGCAAUUUUCCUGAACGAAUCCGAUGGAGAAGUCACCACUUACCAGUCACUUCCAUGGGGGUAUGUCUUCUGGGACAUCGACAUGUUCGACAAGGCCGAAUUCACCAACAUCAGAAUCGAGGACCACAAUGAAUCCGGCUUCACCCUCGACGCAAGCCACCCGAUCCACGCUACCUGGCAGCCCCUGGCUAAAUGGGAUUCACAUACGGCUACUGACCGGUUGCUCAUGUCCUGCCAGCAGAAGGUCCACCUCAAGAACCGUGGCCAAACGGGAUACUUCAACUUUGACUCCUGGAUUAUGUCCGCUGAAGCGAGUAUGUUUCACCAGUUGCACAGCAUGUCCCGGGAAGACCUGCAGAAUUUCGUUCGUAGCGUAGAAACGCCUGAACUACUGCAGCAGUUUCUCAUAAACAUGGAGGCUUCGCACCCGGAUAUUGUUCAAAUGGCCAUUGAUUUGUCGGCAGCUGGAGCUUUGAAUGCUUUGGUCGCUCCAGCUCUUGAGGACGAUGAUGAGGGUGAGGAUGAUACGAACUGA